GACACUGCGAAAUGACAGCUUCGUAGGAAAAAAAAAUUUAGUGCAGAAAAGAUGAAGACGAGUUUAGUAAUUUUCGUGUUUUUUCACACCCUCCUGAGCUACUGCAAUCUCAGCCAGGCAGCUGAUGGUGCCCUGGAGGAGAUUGAGGAUCAGGGAAGGUACACAAUUGAGGGUAGAGUGUACCCUCCGGAACUCUUUCCUGGCACUGACAAUCCAUGGCAGAGAGACACGCAGAUUUCAAUAAAUGGGGGUGAUUUCCUGGGCUUCCUCCGGGAAGAUGGAUCCUUCAUCAUCAGCGGCGUUCCUUCUGGCAGCUACGUCCUCGAAAUUGUCAAUCCCGACUAUAUCUAUGAGUCUGUGCGCGUGGAAAUUAAUCCAAAGGGGAAAUUCCGCGCUAGGAAGGUUAACUUUGUUCAACCAGCGCAAAUCAUUCAGGUGCCUUAUCCGCUGAAACUGAAGGCGCUCACCCGAUUCAAGUAUUUCCAGAUGCGUGAGCAAUGGAAGAUUACUGACUUCCUCUUCAAUCCAAUGGUUCUCAUGAUGGUCCUGCCACUUCUGCUCAUGUUGGUCCUGCCCAAGAUGAUGUCAGACCCCGAAGCAAAGAAGGAAAUGGAAAAUCUCAACAAUCUCUCAAAGAUGACCAAUGAGAUGCCAGAGAUCAGUGAGGUCAUCACGUCAUUCUUCACAGGUGGACAACCAAAGCAGGAUAAGCAGAAAGCCACCAAGUCACAAUCAAAGAAGCGAAAGGAGUAAAAUGUGAAGAGCAUUUAUCCAUUAGAUUUUGUGGGAUUUCAUUGCAGGACAUGGGGCUCUCCCUUGUCCUGGAGUUGCGUGAUUAUUGUUUGUAGGUAAAUUUCUAAAUCAUAGCAAAGUGUUUUGAGGAAUAAAAGAAAGAAAAAACUAAA